AUGGUAUUCUUAUUGCAUAUUCUACUUUACUCUCUCCCUCUAUUGUUCUUCUCCAUAUUUUUCCUUUUCAAAUGGUUGCCCACUUCAAAACCCCAAAGAAAUCUACCACCUUCUCCACCAAAGCUCCCGAUUAUAGGAAAUCUCCACCAACUUGGCUCGUUCCCUCAUCGUUCCCUCCAAUCAUUAGCUCAACAAUAUGGCCCGCUCAUGCUGCUUCAUCUUGGCAGCAAGCGGGUUCUUAUCGCCUCCUCUGCUGAUGCAGCUCGCGAGGUCAUGAAAACCCAUGAUCUCAUCUUCUCAAACAGACCUAAAUCAAGCGUUGGCAGUAGAAUUUUCUAUGAUAAGAAGGACGUCGCAUUCUCUCCUUAUGGAGAAUAUUGGAGGCAAUUAAAAAGCAUUUCUAUGCUCAACCUUCUGAGUAAUAGGCGAGUUCAGUCUUACCGGAGAGUGAGAGAAGAAGAAACAACCCUUUUGACCGAGAAGAUCAAACAAGCUUCUUCUUCUUCUUCAGUGGUGAAUUUGAGCGAAAUGUUUGCUUCGCUUUCGAAUAAUGUAGUGAGCCGGGUAGCCUUAGGGAGGAAGUACGGUGAAAGCUCAAAAAGUGGUAGAAAGUUUAAGGAGCUUUUGAAGGAUGUUGGGGAACUAUUCAGUGCUUUCAAUGUGGGGGACUAUAUUCCUUGGCUUGUGUGGUUGAAUCAAAUUAGGGGUUUGAAUGCUAAAGUGGAGAAAAUUGCGAAAGAGCUCGAUGAAUUCUUGGAGGGUGUGAUUGAAGAUCAUAUGGAUAGUAAGAAAAAAGAGAGCAAUGGGGGUGGGAGUAUUGAUCAAGCUAAAAACCAACAGGACUUUGUAGAUGUCUUGCUUGAAAUUCAAAGAGAGAACAUGCAAGAGUUUUUCCUUCAAAGAGACAGUAUCAAAGCACUCAUAGUGGAUAUGUUUGCUGCUGGAACUGAUACUACAUCCACAGCUCUAGAGUGGACGAUGACAGAGCUCUUGAGACAUCCGAAAGCCAUGAAAGAGCUACAAAAUGAGGUGCAAGGAAUAGCUAGAGGCAAGCCAGAAAUAACCGAGGAUGAUAUAGAGAAAAUGCAAUACUUGAAAGCAGUGAUCAAGGAGUCUAUGCGAUUACAUCCUCCGGUCCCAUUACUUCUUCCCAGGGAAUCAACACAAGAUGUCAAAGUAAUGGGCUACGACAUUGCAACUGGCACACAAGUGAUUAUCAACGCUUGGGCAAUUGCAAGAGACUCGUCGUUGUGGGAAGAAGCUGAAGAUUUCCGACCACAGAGAUUCUUGAAAACUUCAACAGAUUUCAAAGGGCAUGACAUCGAGUUGAUUCCUUUUGGAGCUGGCCGGAGGGGUUGUCCGGGAAUCCAAUUUGCCAGAACUGUCAAUGAGCUUGCAUUAGCAAAUGUUGUGCAUCAGUUUGAUUUUACGGCGCCUGGUGGGGCAAGAGAAGAGGAUUUUGAUAUAACUGAAGCUCCUGGUAUAACUAUCCACAAAAAGUAUCCUCUGCUAGCCUUUGCAACUCCAUGUUCUCUUGCUAGUGUACUUGCUUCAUAGUAACAUAAUGGAUGGAAAUUGUACUAUGUAAACCUUUAUGACGUGUAGAAAAAAUAAGUGCUUAAAUAUAAAGAUGAUAAAUUAAGAAAGAAAUUAUAGCUUUUAUUAUUAAUAUUUAUAAAUAAUUCUUUUUUUUUUUUUUUUUUUUUUUUUUUUUUUUUUUUGUAUUGCUUCAAUUGUUGUUUUUAGACAUUCGUCAAAUUAUUGUAUCCGCGUUCAUUAUACCCAUCUUUAACAUAAUCCCACAGAUUAUAUGAGAAAAAAAUAGUCA